GCCAGGGAAACGGCGCGGGCGAGCGGCAUUCGGUGGGCGCCCGCUGCUUCCAGUGCUCGCCUUGGGCAAACCCAGCGAGAGGGGCGCUAUCCCAACACAUACACACACUUCACUACAGCACAGGCUUACUAACGUCCCGAGACAGCCUCAUCAAACUAUUAAAGCCACUCUGAAGAAGUGGAAACAUCGUUUGAAUAUAUGUCGACUUUUUCCAACCCGUCAACGCAGUAAAUUGUACACAAGUCCGAGCAAUUCAAUAAAAGGCCCCGCCUCCUCUCAGUUAAAACCGGUUUUUGAAAGGAGUUCUCUAUCCCAGGGAAGCACUGGUGCGAGAUUUACACGCAAAACACUGGGGAAUGGCUGUUAAUGUUUAUUCAACAUCAGUAACCAGUGAGAAUAUGAGCCGGCAUGACAUCAUGGCCUGGAUUAAUGAUACUGUGUGUUUAAACUAUACAAAGAUUGAGCAGCUUUGUUCAGGUGCAGCGUACUGCCAGUUCAUGGAUAUGUUGUUCUCUGGUUGUAUUAGUUUGAAAAAAGUAAAAUUCCAAGCAAAAUUGGAGCACGAGUAUAUUCACAACUUCAAACUUCUACAAGGUGCUUUUAAAAGAAUGAAUGUAGAUAAAGUUAUUCCAGUAGAGCGAUUGGUUAAAGGUCGCUUUCAGGACAACUUGGAAUUUAUCCAGUGGUUCAAGAAGUUCUUUGAUGCAAACUAUGAUGGUAAAGAGUAUGAUCCAGUACUUGCUCGACAAGGUCAAGAUGCUAUUCCUCCACCCAAUCCUGGUGAACAAAUUUUUAAUUUGCCAAAGAAAGCAGCAAGUUCACCAAGUGCAGGUGCUGCUGCUCCAAAAAGCACUCCAUCUCCUAAAUCAGUGUCAACACCAACUAGGCCAACUUCAGCUCAAGCUAGAAAGGCACCAGGAACAAAAAGUGUUAGUGAUGCAGAAUCACAUAUUGCACAAUUGAAUGAGCAGGUGAGUUCAUUAAAACUCGCACUUGAAGGAGUUGAAAAGGAGAGGGACUUCUACUUUGGGAAACUGAGAGAAAUUGAACUCAUAUGCCAAGAACAUGGACAGGAGAAUAUUGACCUUGUUCAGCAACUCAUGGAUGUCCUAUAUGCCACUGAUGAGGGAAUUGCAGGGCCAGAUGACGGCCAGGUACAGGCUGAAGAACUGCCUCAGGAACCAGAAGAAUAUUGACACCACAAGCAUCUAUUUGUGAAUGAAGAGCACACUGAGGGCUUCAUGAAAAGAAUUGCUUCAGUUUGAACAUUAGCGUUUUAUCCUCCAUUACUCUGCAUCAGCAAAGUACUGUAUUCUUUACCCAUUAUUUUACCAUCAUGCAUUUGCAGCAACUAUCUUUGUAUAGGAAAAUGUGGUAAUUUGGGGCUAAAUUAACACUUUGCAUUACAGCUAUGUUUAGGCAGAUAUAUGGUUUGACAACAUAAUUUCAAAACUAUAGUAUCCACUGAAGUUUUACAAAGUAGUUUCAGUGAUCAGAAAUGCAGUAUUACAAGUUCAUAUGCACCGUGUAUAGUUUUGAAACCUACAUCGAGAAACCCAUCACACAGACAUUUCUACACAAUAUAUAGGUAAUAUCAGCCUAUUUAUAAGAAAACGUCAUUGAAGGAAUGGGUUCUUAAAUCUGUUAAAAAAAAAAAAAAGAAAAAGUCUUAUUAAGCUGUAUCUUGUUAUGAAAAUUAUUCACAAUUUGUUGCAUGAUAGAGUAGCUUUGUUUUCAGGACAUAAAUUUCAGUUACUUUAUCUUUCUAAUUUAAUAAAUUAGAAGUCUGUUUAUAUUGUGGUCUGUGUAUAAAAGUCUUCUUGAGAAACCUGUUAAUGCAAUGAUGCAUACAAAGCCACAUUCACCAGAAUCUCAGUUAAAUAUCAUAAUAUUCUGAUGGUCUUAUGGUUGUCACAAUUAAGAAGCAAAGGAAAUGAGAACAAUAGUAAGUGCAUGUAGUUUAGAUAUGAUUUGGUUGCUGAUCAGUGAUAAAAAGACCUGAAUUUGAAGGAGUCUUGACUGGUAGUAACACAUUUGCUUUCCUUUGAGACAAGAUUCACUAAACUGGAGCUCAUUAUCUGUUGGACGGAAUUUGUGAGGUGCGGUUCUUCCUUCACUCACAAAUUUCAUUUGUAUUUCAGCCAAGGAUUAAUAAUUCAAAAGUCCUGUGGUGACUUAUGUGGAACUUAUUGACUGAGGAGGAAGAUGUGAAAGAUCACUUUAUAAAGCUUAGUGCCUGCAAAUAGAAAUAUCAGAUGGGGUAUAUUAUUGCCAUAGAUCGAAAAAUCAACUGAUUUUAGUAAAACCUGCUAUAUGUAUGCAUAUUUUACUCCUGUUUUGAAAUUAAUAAUUGGUUACACAUAACAAUGCAUUUUUCCAUCACAGGUUUGCUAGUUUAUUUCAUAUUCAUUUGUCAUUCUUGGCCUCCAAAAUUGAAUUUUUAAUGGGUUUGUAAAUUGUAAGUUCAUUUUGUCACAUUAAGCAUACAGAAAAGUAAAUUAUUCUGCUUUUGGUUUACCUAUUUCAGUUGCAGAUUUGGAUAGGAACAUACAAAUUGGGAGGUGGAGUAGGCCAUUGGCCCCUCAAGCUUAUGCUAUAAUUUCAUAAGAUGAUGGGUUACUAACUCCCACCUACCUAGCCCCCACUGUUACCUUUCUCCUUUUGCUUUUCAAGAACCUAUCUACCUCUCUUAAAAAGGCUCAAAAUCUCUGCUUCUAUUGCUUUUUGGGGAAAGAGUUCCAAAACCUCAACCUUAGGGUAAAAAAAAUUGCUUUGUUUUAAAUGGGAGACAUCACCCCCUCCCUUAAUUUUAAAUAGUGACCCCCCCCCACACCUGUGUUCUAGAUUCUUCCAUCAAGUUGCCUCUCAUCCUUCUAAAGCAAGGUGGAUAAAAAGUGUGUUUGUCCAGCUUUUCCUUAUAAUGCAACCCAUCCCUUUCAGGUAUGAGCCAGUUAAGUCUUUUCUGAACUGCUUCCACUGCAUUGACUUGUUCACAACAUGUUUACAUUUUUAAGUAAGGAGAUCAAUACUGUACAUUACUCUAGAUUUGGUCCCACUAAUGCCUAUGUGAGUGAGGUGUACUCCUAGCAAUAAAUAUUAGCUUUUGCUCUGACACUUCUGUAUCUUGCCUCUGAAAUCUCCAUUUGGGUCAUAUUUUUAAAAAAUGGUCAAUUUCAUAUUUUCCUACAAUAUACUCCAUUUGCCCUUCUAAUAACCUAUUUACAUAUCACUUUCAUGGUCUUCUGUUGUACUCUUAUUUUUUUCAUUUAUAUUUCUUUGUGUCAUCAUAUUUAGAAACUGUAUCCGAAGUGUUCUCAUCUAAGUCAAUUCUAAAAGUUGUAUGUGUGUCCAGCUCUGAAUCCUGUGUUACACCACUUAUUGCAUCUUGAAUCUAUUAUUUUCGUACUUCGAGAAAAAUUAAAUUUGGCCCAUUGUCUUACUGCAAAAAACAAAACUAACCUUGAUUAUCUUACUGAAACCUCAGUGGCCAUUCGUGAAAAAAGUUUCAGAUUUCUAAUUCCUUUUGUGUGAAUAACUAUUUGACAGGGCCUCCAUAGAAUUAUUUCUGAUAAGCAGCUGUGCCCAUCUGUUCAGGACAUGCCCACUACAGAAUAUGUUUCACUAUACCCUAACCAGUUUUUAAAUUUGUUUUAAAUAUCUCUAUUAAAUCACUUAACCUUCUCUACUUAAAAGAAUGGAAGCCUUGGCCCAAGUUCUUUGCCCAUGACCAAUAUAUCUGCAAUAACCAGAAAUGAAUGUGAUGCUGAACUUGUUCCACCUAGAUCUUUCAUGCCACUUCCAAUCACUUGUAUCUAUCCCUUUUUGAAACAAAGCUGGUGUUCUGCUAGCCUUUUCCAAUGAUCUAUUAUGGAUCUCCCUUACAUUUUGGUGAUUUCUGUAUUUGAAUCCCAAAAAUCCACUGUUCCACAGCACUUUGUUUUCUUUCAGUUUAAAAACAAUUAAACUCAUCUGCAAAUCAUAAAAAUAUUAACUUGUAUUAGUUGCAGUUUUUGCACUCAAUUUGUUAAUGUUCCUUUACAACUUGUUUGCUUUUUUUUAAACUGCUCUAUCUUGAUUUCUAUCAUUAGCAAAUGUAGACAUGUUCCUCAAUUUUAGUAACAUAUUAAUAUCUGUAGACCCAUUUACAGAUUCAUGAAAGAUACUGAAGUUCACUUCAUAAUUUAAGAAUGUACACAUAUCUUCAGGCUUUUAUUUCUAAUCAACAAAUCUCAACUGAUGUUAGGUACAGUAAUUAUUCAUAAUUCUUUUAUUACGUCAAUUUUAUUAUUUCCAUUUUAGAAUUCCAUAAAAAGUUCAGACACUUGGCUUUUGGGUUAUUAAUGUUCUCAAACAAAACUCAUCUAGGUUUGUCAGGCAAUGCUUACAUUUAACAAAUCCAUACAUUUUUCAUGUCCUUAAAGAACUGUCCCGAGGUACAUUUCCUAGCAUCUGUUCCCUGUUUAAAUUGUAUGUUUUCUUCCAGUAUCUAAAGAAAUUCUUUCUCUUUCAACAUUGUUUUCUUAAUCUCAAUUGCUGCCCUACAUCCAUAAAUGAAACUAUUGCUGUGAACAUAAUUAAAUCCUCAGACUAUUUUUGCAUAUGGGGGAAAAAUGGAUUCUUUGCAAAGUUGCACUUAUUGUUUAUUGGUUUAGUUAUCAAUGGAGAUGGGUGGGGUAGAAAUGAAUCAGUAGUAAUUCUAUGGUCAACAUGCUAAGCUGCAGCCAGGAUUUUUUGGAAACUUUUCAAAUCUUUAUAGCUUUUAGGUACCCAAGGUUGUUGGUAUCAAAAUUUUAUUGGUGUAUAUAUGUUUAUUCUGACAUUACCUGGUUGGAUAUUGUAACUGUGGUUUGUGUAAUACGUAAUAGAAAUAUUGGUUAGAAUACAUUAGGUUGUGUUAUUUUCAUUAACUGGACUGGUCCCAUCAGUUUCCUAACUUGCUCUUAAACUACAUUUAAAGUUUCAGAUUAUUUUUUUAAAUAUUUCAUUCAUUUCCAAGUUGAUUUAAAAAAAAAUAUUUCCCUCAAGUAAAAAUCUUGGCAACAAGGUGGACUUAUUUAAAAAUUGCCAAAUUUAUAUUCAUGCAUCCAUACCUGAAUUCAUAAUACAGGAUCAUUUUAAAGUAGUUUGGGUCCAUUUGUCUCUAAAUGGCAUGGAGAUGUGGAGGUGUAUGAUAUUUGCAAAUGAAGGACAUAUUUCAAAAAAUUGUUCCAAUGUGUGUGAUGCUGAAAUGCAACUUAGAUUUUAAAUCCUUGGUUUCAAUAGCGAAGACAUAGCAAAUUCAUACACGUAAUUUAGCAUAAAUUAAAUUGACACUUGUACUGCUAUUCUCAGUAUUCCUGAUCUACUGUUUUUUUUACACAAAGUAUCCCGCCAUUUCUUUUAAACCCAGAGAAGAUAUUGCCCAGGUUUCAUUUUCAGCAGCUGGUUGAAGAUUAUGGACCUAAGCCAUAAGUACAUCAGAAACUUGUUCAUUACAAAGAGUUGAAAACUGAUUUGGAUAGUUUUGAAGGGAAUCCUAUCUUAAUUUGAUAUCCUGAAAUGGCUAAUACAACUCUUUUGGAAAGAAAUUAUCUAUUAUUAGAAUUAAGUCCAGCUACUCAUUCAUUAUUUUACCGUGCUGCUUAAUCUUAUUUAAAUUCAUAAUCAAUUUUGAUUGUACAUUUAAAGUUUUGGUUUCAUAACAAAGAUUAGCCUUUCAAAGGUUGUUCUUUGUAUAUAUUGGUGUAUUCAAAAAUUAUAAUGUAAAUAUUUUAUCAGGUUCUUUAGGAGGAGGCAUUGCAGCAUUAAACUGUAUACUUAUAUCAGUACCCUUUAACAUGUCUAAGAUUUGGUUUUGAUUGUACCAUAGCAGUUUCUGCAUUUGAAUUUAAAUCAAAACUGGUGAAUGUACCCAUGAAAGAAUCAAGAAUCACAAUUGGUCUUGUUUUUGGUUAGUGAUGCAAAAAAAAAGUUUUCGAACAUGUAUUAACAUGAGCAAAAAAAAAUUCUUGCCACUACUGAGUCCAGUUCUUCUACUAGUUCACCAUGCCAGUUAACCUCUCCCCUGCUUUCACCCUACUAAUGAAGCUGUACUAAUGAAGCUGACAGGCAUUUUCUACCCUGCCAUCAAUCCCUUAGAUUUGUGUAGCAUGCCUCGUGCACAAGGCCUUCUCUGUUCAAGCAUAUUCCAUUGUGCAAUAUUGUGUUCAUUAAACAAAAGGUUUUUUCCUCACUCUCAAAAUAAAACUGAUGUUAUAUAAAAAGCUUGAUUCAAUUGCAUUAAUACUUUGCUUCAAAGCAUUCCUUUAGUAUUCCUUCAAAUAUGUUUUAUAGUAUAAACGUAAGCACUGUUUUGAAGGAUGCACUGUAUGGCAUGUUAUUUGUUCCCGGUCUGUCAUCAGAAGUAAGCUUGCUUCUUGUUUUGUU